GAGACGCUCUCUGGGACUGGACAACUGCCCAAGGUCCCUGUUCUGGGAGCCAUUUGUUCCAGCCUGAACUGCUACAAGGAGAGUGCAGGGUAAAGAAGCAGAAAAGGCCUUUGCAUGGUAUCCACAGAUACCAUGGGACAGAUACUCCAGGGACAGCAGCCAGGUAUUGCAACAGCGACCCGCACGUUAUGGAGCAAAGAAGGACUGCGGUGGACUGGCUCUGCCGGUACAACCACGAGUAUCUCAGCCGGUUCCUCACGGAGCGCCGAGGUGAGCCUGGGGCAGAACGUGUGCCCUCGAGCCGUGCUCUGGCAAUGACCCUGAGGCCCCUCAAAACCUCCCUGGGAAUCGCCCCAGAGCCCUCAGCCCUCCUUGUGCCCAUCCCCGAGACCUUCUGUCCCUGCUGUGUUCCCGCUCUCUCCCAGUCACCCCCACCGUGUCCAUCUCGCUGGUGCCCUCGAGCUCCCAGCCCAGCCCCGGCCGCCUGCUCUGCUCCCUGGUGGAUUUCUACCCUGCCCACACCCACACUGAGGUGGUUCCAGGGCCAGCAGGAGCUCUCUGUGGUGGCCACCGACAUGGUCCCCAACGGGGACUGGACCCACCAGCUCCUGGUGCUGCUGGAAACCCCAACCCGGGCCGGGCUCACCUCCACCUGCCAGGUGGAGCACGUCAGCUGGGAGCACCCCCUGAGCCAGUACUGGGAUACAGGGGAGGAAUUGGGGGCGCUGGGAGAGCCACUGGGAUGUGCUGGGAGCAACUGGGAGGGAGUUGGAGAGAGCCUGGUUUCAACUGGGAGAGGAGGUUGUGGGUUUGGAAAGGCUAAGAAGGGGUUUGAAGGAUACUGGGGAGGGUGGGAUGGGGUUCUGGGGGUCCUGGUGGACACUGGGAGGGAGUUUGGGUGUGCUAGGUGUGACUGGGAGGGAUACCCCAGAGAUGCUGCUGGAUGCUGCCGCAUCAAGAUGCUGACAGGAACUGGGGAUUCCGUGUUGGGCUUCAUCUUCCUGGGAAUCUGGUUCUACCUGCACAAGAAAGGGGGGUCCCGUGAGUCGUAUCCCACCUCCCCCAUAAUGUGA